UUUAAUGUUUAAAUAGCCUGUAAUGAGCAUAAAAUAUAUCGAGUUGCGCUGUGAAAAACAAGAUUGUAUGAAUUGAAUUUCUAGUAGAAGCUGAGCCGUAUAUCUGUCAAGUUGUGACUUUUCCAGUCCUCUUUACAGAACAAGCAGUAUCACUGAAUAUCAUGGAUGAUGGAGAAAAAGACCAGCAAUCAAGCAAACAAAAUGAAUCAAACGAAAGAGAAAGAAAUAUUCUGGAAAGUUUGCCAAGCCGUCAGAUAUCCACGUGGAAACGAAAGGCAAAGGAGCGUAAAAAGAGUCUUGCAAGAGGUCAGAGGAGUAUCGAUGGAAAGUUGUACAUGCCAGUGACUGAUGACACWCCCGAUGAGAUUGUUGAAGUGGAGGAUUCUGGGAAGUACAUGGAACACAAGCCUUUAACGGAAAGAUUGCRGGAAAGACGGCGUCUAAGGAGCACAUCAWUAAGCGAGUACCAUUCUUUGUCGUGUUUUACUGGAAUACGAUAUCGCAUUGCUAUGUCGUUCAAGAUAACACUGGAAAAGCUAAAGGAUUGGUUGCAAAUGUUCAGCCUGUGGAGAAGACACUUUAAGGAAAUCGAGGGGUCUUUUGGAAAUGGUAUUCUUUCAUUUUUCACGUUCCUGAGAUGGCUGUUAUUGGUUAAUUUGCUUGUAUUCAUUAUUGCAUUGUCCUUCCUGGUCAUUCCACAARUCGUGGCUACUAAUGAAGUCCCAGCUGUCAUUGUUAAGCCAGGAAAUGCAUCUAAUAAUUCAACCAUUUCCUUGUUAAAMAAUUUGUCUUCAGAUUCUGYUGUAAGAGAAAUCUUGAGAGAACAGGCUGGAUUCUUGGGAGCCAACACUACUGCACAGGCUCUACAAAGAGGUUGUUCUGUAGYGAAACCAAACAGCACCAAUAAUUAUCUUUCAAAAGAUGUUGGAGGUAUCCUUAGUGAUUUCAUGCAAGGCAUGGGCUGGAUAAAUACAACAGUCAUGUUUUAUGGCAGCUAUUCAAGUAAAAUCCUCGUCAUGCCAACAGGCAGUUAUUACAAUAUGCCGAUGGCUUACUUCACCGUUGGUACUUUAAGCUUUGUCAUUGUUCUUCUUUUGACAUUGUGGAGUGCUUCAAGCAUCAUAGAAGAGAGUUACAUCAAAGAUGGAGUCAAACACCAUAAUAGCUACGCAAAUAAGGUUUUUGGCGGCUGGGAUAUGUGCAUUACAGAUGAAAUCGCAGCUCAACUYAAAGUCAAAAGCCUUGUUAGAGAGAUCGAGGGUGAUUUAGCGGAGGAUCUUCGUCUUGCAAAUCUCUCCGCUCGAACACAGAGACAAAAAUGUCAAAUCUUCUCUAUUAGACUUGCUGUAAACAUGUUUGUCUUGUUGCUGUCCGUUGGUGCUGGAUUGGCCAUCUACGAAGCGGCGCAAUUAUCGCUAAAGACUGCGCAAACCGAUUCUAUGGUACAAUCAAGUAAGACUGAGUUUAUGGACCUGUUCAAGAGCUAUGCAUCAUCAAUAACAAUCACUGUUCUSAAUUCUGUACUCCCUGCUUUAUUCUACUUCCUCUCUCAGCUGGAGGACUGGAACCCUAGAGUACAUGUGAAUAUCGAUUUGGCAAGGACUGUUCUGCUGAAAUUGGCUUCUGUUGCUGUACUGGUUAUUUCACUUUUUCAAAAAAUCGACAAAGAUGGCUGCAUUUUGUGCUGGGAGAACGCUAUUGCUACAGAAAUGUACAAGCUAAUCUGGAUGGAYUUUUUUGUGGUUAUUGCUGUUGCAGUAGCCUAUCACACACCAAGAAGAUAUGUUGCUGACCAUGUGGACUGUGGAAUCAAACUUGGACAAAAAAUUGGACGACCUGUAUUUCUUAUCCCUCAGAACGUYUUGGAAUUGGUGUACGCACAAUGCCUUAUAUGGAUUGGCAUGUGGUAUAGUCCAUUAUUGACACUGAUGGGAUGUAUCAAAUUCUUCAUACUAUUCUACGUUAAAAAGCUUAAUCUCAAGUACAAUUGUCGACCUGAGGAUAAACCAUACCGUGCAGGAAAGUCGAACUACUUUUUCAUGCUUCUCCUUCUUGCCACCUUUUUCCUGUGCACCGCAGCUGUGGUUUAUGGAGUCUCGCAAAUCCGUCCUUCUUUGCUUUAUGGUCCAUUUAGGGGUCUGUACCGAAUGUAUAGCAUCGUACCGUUAACGAUCCAGACUCUUCCUAUUGGAGUACAAGACUUGUAUAAUGUCGUCAAGAGUCCUGUCUUCGUCAUAACUAUUGUCAUCCUUAUAUGUCUGGGGCUGUAUUUCUUUUAUGCAUCAGCUAAGGUCUACAGUCGAAUGAUCAUGGAAUUGAGAGAAGAACUGGCCAUGGAAACAAGAGACAAGAAGUAUCUCCUUAAAAAACUCGGCGMACCAUGAUUACAGAGAGGCUUAUCACAAGAAUAUUUGAAGUGAAUGGGAUAGUGGGAAUUAUUGAAAAGAUAAAUAAUUGGAUGAUCUGAGGGGGGAGGUAUAGGUGGAUAGAUGCAUAUCCGGUUCCAAAUGCAUCGCGUACAUGAUUAUGAAGUCAAUUUGAUCAAUAAACAUURCUAUUUAUUGA